CGCUCGGGGCAGCCCCGGCCGGGAGCGGGGCCAGGAUAAAGCGCUGAUCCUUCUCCUUCUCGUCCUCCUUCUCCUUCUUCUCCUUCUUCUCCUUCUGCCCGCCGUAAUGCUGCGGCUCCUCCUGGUUCUUCCGCUCCUCGGCGCGGCCGGCGCCCUGCCCGCCCCUCCCCGCCUCCGCAGGGGCACCGCGCCGGCAGCUGGACCAUACCGGACGCGCUACCUGAGCCAGCCGAUUGAUCACUUUGGAUUUGAUGAAAGUCGUACAUUCCAGCAGCGGUAUCUAGUAGCAGAUCAGCACUGGAAGAAAGACAAUGGACCAAUACUAUUUUAUACAGGCAAUGAAGGAGACAUCACAUGGUUCUGCAACAACACAGGUUUUAUGUGGGAUGUGGCUGAAGAACUUAAUGCUAUGUUGGUGUUUGCUGAACAUAGAUAUUAUGGAGAAUCUUUGCCCUUUGGGAAUGAGUCUUUCAGCGAUUCCAAGCAUCUGAAUUACUUGACAUCAGAACAAGCUCUGGCAGACUUUGCUGUACUAGUUGACUACUUAAAGACGACUAUUGCAGGAGCCCAUCACAGUCCAGUCAUAGCUAUAGGAGGAUCUUAUGGAGGAAUGCUUGCAGCCUGGUUUAGGAUGAAAUAUCCCCAUGUGGUAGUUGGAGCCGUGGCAGCCUCCGCCCCAAUCUGGCAGUUUGGUGAUUUGGUUCCAUGUGGCGCUUUUUUCAGCGUAGUGACCAAUGAUUUCAAAAAGAGUGGGACAGGCUGCUCAGAAAGCAUCCGGAAUUCCUGGAAUGCUAUUAACCACCUUUCCUCAACAGAUGCAGGUUUGCAGUGGCUUUCCAGCACAUUUCAUUUGUGCAGCCCAUUAAAAAAUCUGCAGGAUGCUGCUGUAUUGAAAAAUUGGCUGAGUGAAACAUGGGUAAACUUGGCUAUGGUGAAUUAUCCUUAUAAAGCUGACUUCUUGCAGCCUCUGCCAGCUUGGCCUAUACAGGAAGUCUGCAAGUUCUUGAAGGAUCCCAGGCUCUCUGACAAAUUGUUACUGCAGAAUGUUUUCCAGGCAGUAAAUGUAUAUUACAAUUAUACAGGAGAAGCCUUAUGCUUAGAUGUGUCUGAGACUGCAACAAAGAAUCUGGGCCAAACGGGUUGGUACUAUCAGGCUUGCACUGAGAUGGUGAUGCCCUUCUGCACAGAUGGUGUCCAUGACAUGUUUGAACCUGAGAAAUGGGACUUGGAUGCAUUUUCAGAAGAGUGUUACAGACUGUGGGGAGUGAGGCCUCGCCCCUCGUGGAUUCUUUCUAUGUAUGGAGGAAAAAACAUCAGUUCACACAGCAACAUCAUCUUCAGUAAUGGGGACCUGGACCCGUGGUCUGCAGGUGGGGUGACCCAGAACAUCACCAAUUCCCUUGUGGCGGUUGUGAUCCCAGAGGGAGCCCAUCACCUGGACCUACGCAGCCGUAACCCUUUGGACCCCAAAUCUGUACAGCAAGCUCGAGCCUUGGAAAUCUACCACAUGAAGCAAUGGAUUGAAGAGGCCAGGCACAGUCACUGAAGUCGUACUGCAACAACUGUGGCUAUCAUACCUCUAUUGGCUUUGCUGCGAGUAGGACCAGGCCUUACAAUGCGGUCAUUUGAGUGUUUCCCUCCUGCUUCCUCACCUGCAUUGCAGUGCUCACCAUUGCUUGUGCCCAUGAGAGAAGCAGGCGGCAGAGGGAUGGAGAGCAUUCUCGGAUGAUAAACUUCAGUCCAAGUUCAUGGAUUAAGCUGCCUGCUCUGCCUUGCUUUCCUCUUCUGCUCUUCUCAAAUGCUGUACUUUACCAUGUAGUAACAGGUUCCUGUUCUAGGCUUGAUGCCUUGCUCCUCACUGAGCUGAGUGAUUGUUCUAACUGCCAGUAUGUACAGUGGAUUAAAUGGCAGUGCUGUUGAUGAAACUCCUGCUACCUCCAGUGGGAUUGAAUUCCAGACAUCCUAGGCUGGUGGAGAUAAUGAAGGAACAGAAAUUACAUCUUACUGUGAUGUUCAGUGGAGAGGCAGGGAAGUCAUGGGGAAGCUGGCUGUGCUGUUUGUAAGGAAACUAAACAGCCCUUGCCCUUUGGAAUCAGUUCAGGAAUAGAAAUAAAUAUAUAAAUUUUUUUCUCCUUAGUUUUCUUGUGGCUUAUUAAUCAGGUGGCUUUUGUAUUCUGUGCUGUACUGAAUGGUCAGGGCUGGGCCCAGACUCACUCUGCUGAUAAAUGGCUGAUCAUGCACAAUCUGCAUCAGGGUUUUAUUUUUUCCUUUGCUAUUUGUCCUAAUGCUGAAAGAUCUGUCACUGCGAUGAUGGUUGCCAAAGAAAACUGAGUAUAUUUUGUAUGUGUGUAUAUGUGUGUCUCCCCCAGAAACACUUAGCUUUUUAAAUCAGGAAGCUUUUGAAGCUAUUCUCUUGAAGAGCAAAUGUGACACUUGUGCUGGCUAGAUCUUAUGAAGUGACAAAUAAUUGGGGCUGUGCCUUGUGUGGGUUCCUCCCUCCCCCUCAUUCUGUGUAUUGUUCACAUUCUACAUGAUCUGUUUGCUGAUGGCUCUUCAAUAAAAGCCUUU